GUAACGAUGAAUAAUAACAACAGUGGUUGCUAUUUUGUUGGCUGAACAGUUAGUGUAAUUAUAUUAUUGUUAAAUAGGAAUUGAUGGAAAGUUAAGCGUAAUAGUCGAACCAAAGUGAUACAAUGUUAGCGAAUACGAUAGCUCGAGCGAAACUAUUGAAACAUGCAAGUCCUGUAGUAAGUGCAGUGCGCAGUAAGGCAGCGUACGAGGGCGAGGGGAAGACAACGGUGCGCGUCAUCAACCAGGAGGAGGAUGCGGGGCUCAUGAUAGACACAUACGCCACGUACGGGUUCAAGCUGAACAACGGGCUCACAGUGCUGGGGCCUAUGGCCAUAUUCCCCAGGACGGUGAUGUCGUGGCAGGUGACGGAGGCGGCGCACGUGACCGAGCAGUCGCUCAUACUGUUCAAGCUGCUCGUGCCCAAGAUAGACCUGCUCGUAAUAGGUCUAGAAGCGAAGCACCGGCAGCGCGCCGACGCGGUCCGCCGCGCGGCCGCCGCCGUCGGACUCAACGCGGAGGUGCUGCCCACCGAGCACGCCUGCUCCACCUUCAACUUCCUCAACUCGGAGGGCAGGUCGGUGGCGGGCGCGCUGAUGCCGCCGCUGUUCGUGUCGAACAUGUCGCCGGACGACAUGCUCCACACCAAGCUGCACUACCAGGACGUCUUCAACAAACCCAUCUGGUAGCCGCCGCCCCGCCGGGCCGCCACUUGCGUCAUAUAGUAUAAUAUAUAGAGAUAGUGUUCUUUAAUAAACUUAUUUAUAUUGUUUGUUCA